AGCGGGAGAAGCGCCCUGGCGUCCAGGCCCUGGCAGCGGCUCCCCCUUCGUGCAUGCUUGGUUGUCAGGGGGUCCCAGGCGCUGACUCCGGGGUCUGUCACCUCCAUUCCGGCUGGAGACCUGACUUCCCGGCCCUCGGGCCCCGCGUUCUGCUCUCUGGUCAUCUGAGUCCGCUUGCUUGUCUCGCGCCCCCGAGGUUCCUCCUCGGUCUCGGGAGUUUUCUCUGAGUCUGUCGGAGAGCCCAGGCAUGAGGGGGCUGCUCGGACUGGUUCUCAGGCUCUUGUCUUCCUCGUAGGUCUUCCCAGCUCCACCUCUCUCCAAAGGCCGACGUGAAGAGCCUCAUCUCUUACGUGGUAGCCAAGACGAAAGCGAUGAAUGGAAAGUACCAUCGUUUCUUGGGUCGUCAUUUCCCCCGCUUCUAUGUCCUGUAUACCGUCUUCAUGAAAGGAUUGCAGCUGGUGUGUGCUGAUGCCAAGAAGGCCAGAAGAAUAAAGACAAACAUGUGGAAACACAACGUAAAGUUUCAUCAACUUCCAUACCGGGAGAUGGAGCACUUGAGACAGCAGAUUGAGUUCUUAGAUGUGUAUCAUGCUCUGCGCAAGCAGUCCUACCCAGCGGUCAUUGGCAGUUUAGAAAAGGCCAUCCCUCAUAUUUCUGAUGGAGGACUCCAGUGGCAGCUAACAGACCUGUGCAACAAGGUACUCCUUGCCUCAGUCCCUCUGCGAAGCUGGGCGCCUCCUUACAUUCUGUGUGCUCCUACACCAGGUAAGAGAGCUAGUCAGGACCCUCCUAAUGUCUGUCAAACUCUGGUGCCUCCUAAGAUCCAGCGUGGCACGCACCCCGCAGCCCAGGAGCUCCUAGCCUUGAGACAGUGUUUCUGUAGCCGCCCCCUGGACAUGAACCAACUCCAGACUCCACAAAUGAAGGCCUUGAGCCGAGCCAUGCUCCUCACAUCUUACCUGCCCCCUCCUCUGUUGAGGCGCCGUCUGAAGGCACACACCACUGUCAUCCACCAGCUGGACAAGGCUUUGGCAAAGCUGGGGAUUGGCCAGCUGACUGCACAGGAAGUGAAAUCGGCUUGUUACCUUCGUGGCCUGAAUUCUACCCACAUUGCUGAAGACAGGUGUCGGACGUGGCUGGGAGAAUGGCUACAAAUUUCCUGCCAACUGGAAGAAGCCGAGCUGUCCCUCCUGCUGCACAGCGUGGUCCUGCUUUCCACCAACUACCUUGAGACGAGACACUGAGAGAACCAUGGACUGGAUGGUGUCGCCCUGCAGUUGAUAGUUAAUCGUGUGGGACCAAACAGCACUUAUCGGCAAAGGGUCUGUGCAAUUAAGUGUGUGGGAGGAGGAGUUGCCGUGGGCUUCACAGCCCGUCCCCGUGUGGGAACGUUGUCAGACAUUCCCUCACAGCCAGAACGGAAACCAACUCUUCCCAGGGGUGGUCCAUGCAAGGUGCCAGCUGACCUCCCGCAGUCAGCAGUCUGUGCCAGCUCACUGUGAGGUGGGCAGUCAGUGCUUGCCCAGGUGGGGCUCCUCACUUGGGAUGGCCUCCGUGCACUGCCAUGCUGUGGACAGCCGUGUUUUUCUGUGAAAGAAUCUGUCUGGUGAGCACUGGAGUACCUGCACCCACACACAGCCUUCAGCACUCCCCUCCGUCCUUUCUAUGACCAAAAGAGGGAUUUUUUUUGAUCCCUCUCACUGGCAUGAGCUAACUACUUCCUUUCCUUCUUAAGUUCUUUGAACAUCUUCUUUUCUUCAGUGAUUAACAUAUGGGAACAUUCUAACGGAAGAGAAAAGGGAAAUGCUUCUUGGCACCUUCCCACCCGAGCAGUCUUAACCCGUGGGCUAUCCUACAGCCUGCCCGAUCUUCAACUCUUGCUACCUCUGACUGUAACCUGCAGUGGGCUGCCGUGCUCAGGCCACUGGUCACUCUUAAGGUACUAAUCCCGCCCAGUCUGGGGCGACUGGGAGGGUCUGCACAGAGCUCGUCAGUGGGGUUUGGUUUGUGUGUGUAUACAUCAGUGACGUGCAAGUCCCGUUUAUUGUAAAUGCAUGAAAAAACUUGAGUAAAGACUCUCCAACCAGCUGGUGGUGAUCCCCUAUGCGUCUAGUAAUCGCUCGUUUUGAGGCUCCUUUUCCAAGACUGACAGGUUCUGCCUGAAGGGACUGAAUGAGUUGGAACAGAACCUUUGGAUGGGAUGGACGCUGACCUUGUUGCACAUUUUAAGCUGUUAACUAGGCAUUGGGAAUUUCACACAUAUUUACAGUUAAUAGAAUGAUAUAGCAGGACCCAAGGGCCGGAACUGCGUAGACGGAGCCAAGCUCCUUCAGGCCUCCUCCAGCUGAAGCGGGACAUGUGUGCACCCGCAAGUUCUGGGUGCACCAAAGAGAAUGUUCCACUUUUCCACCACAAAAUGUUGCUAUUGUUAACAUUAAUUCCUAACUGACCUAAUUAGUUUGACAUACAACACUGGAGACGUGUCCUUUCUCUAACAAGUAACACAACUGUGGCCUGGCAAGAUAAAGAACAGCACACCAUUCUUUUGUAUAUUUCUUUAAUAUUACAUUUAAAUAUUCUCUUUAAAUACAGCAUUAUCACAAUGUAAAGAACCUAAAAGGCAAAAAAAAAAAAAGUUUCCAGAGGAACAGACAAGCCUUGGAUUCACAUUGAAAACACGACCUGUGUAUAGUGAAAGGAAACUGGAGAAUGAGUCGCAGUGAAGAAGUCAUUUCUUUAUGUAGACCUAGGCUGAGCGGGACCGGAGCCAUCUGCUUUCCUAGCAGCCAUGAGCUAGACUUCUGUCCAACUCAGGUAGCACCAGAUAUGAGAUGGACCAAGUGGCAGAAAAGGCCCUUAGCUUGACAGGACAGUUUAUGCUAAAUGUCAUGAUUUACCAUUCGGAAGUCUGAGAUCCGUGUGCAUUCACGCUGUAGAGCUGACAAACAGACUGUGAUGAAGGAAGCACAGCUUCUUAGCUAACAGGAGGGACUGGCAGGGGCUUACCAGAGUGGCAGCCCUGGUGCCAUCCCAAAGACUGAUGGACUUGCUGCUGAGCUGCCGGAAUCCACGUGCUAGCUUAAA